UCCCUGGACCGCCAUGGAGGCGCUGGGCGCGACCGGCCGGGCGCUGCGGCUGUGGCGGGCCGCUCCCCGCGGCGCGGCCGGCUGCCGAUUUAUAGCAACUUCUCCGGCUGCUCAGCUGUCACCUACGGAACUGACAGAAAUGCGGAAUGAGCUGUUUAAUAAAGAGAAAAACAGGCAGUUGUCAUUAACUCCCCGAACUGAAAAGAUUGAAGUUCAAUAUGUUGGGAAAACCAACCCGGGUACCAUCUUUGUGAUGAAUAAAAACAUUUCAACUCCUUACAGUUGUGCCAUGCAUUUAAGUGAGUGGUACUGCAAGAAAUCCAUUCUGGCUCUUGUGGAUGGACAACCUUGGGACAUGUAUAAACCUUUGACCAAGUCCUGUGAAAUUAAGUUUCUUACUUUCAAAGAUCAUGAUCCGCAAGAAGUGAAUAAGUUAAGAGAUUUGACUUUGCUUUUUAUUUUGGUUGGAUUUACAGUAAUUGCUGGUGCCUUCUGCUAUGAUGUAGUUUUGGAUAAGAAACUGGAUGAGUGGAUACCAACCAAAGAGAACCUAUGUUCCUUCACAAAAGAUGCAUAUACUUUAAUAUAUAAAGAUCUCCCAUUUGAAACUCUGGAAGUUGAAGCAAAAGUGGCAUUGGAAAUAUUUCAACACAACAAGUACAAAAUAGACUUCAUAGAAGAGAAGGCAUCUGAGAACCCUGAGAGAAUAGUCAAGCUGCACAGAAUUGGCGACUUCAUUGAUGUGAGUGAGGGCCCUCUUAUUCCAAGAACAAGCACUUGUUUCCAGUAUGAAGUGUCUGCAGUUCACAAUCUUCAGCACUCUCAGUCACCUCUUAUACGAAGGUUCCAGGGUCUGUCUUUACCCACCCACUUAAGAGUACAGUUUACAAUAUGGUCUAAAUUAUUGGAAAGAUCUCGGAAAAUGGUUACUGAAGAUCGAACUAAACCAACAGAGGGCAUUGCAUCUACCUAAUAACUUGCCAAAAUUUAAAUAUAUAUAGUAAAUUAAAAUAAAAGCUUUUAAUACAA